AUGAGUCAAGAACAGAUAGAGAAGGAUAAAGAUGUUGGAAAUACGGUGGAUCCUCCAUCACCGGCGGCCGCACUUGGCGAGACAGUAGAUGACAUACCUCAAUCUUCAGUGAAGAAACCAAUGCAAACUCUCGAGGAGGAUGAAGAAGAGCCAUUUUACGAUUUCCAAAAGUUUAGCAAGCAACUGCAGGAUCCCAGAGCAGAACCUAUAGUGAAAUACACGAAAUCUUUUCUCCGGAACUUUCAAACUCAGCGGGCACUAUGGAGUGCUGAUGAACAGACCAAGCUGGUUAAAGACUUUAAGAUAUUCAUUUACGAUAAAUUCCGUGAGUACGAGCCAUUCAAGUCUCUAGACGGACUCAGCUUGAGGAAUGCCGAGGAAGGUUUGGAGAAGCUGAUCAUGGGAAAACUAUACCAUAGGUGUUUCUCUCCCUGUUUGAAAAGCCUGGGAGGUGACCUGGAUGAAGGACAUGCAAAGGACUUGUCUAACGACAAGAGGCUUCGAGAGAAAAUAGCAGAGUUCAAGUUCCUGAAGCCGGAAGAUCUGGACAUUCCCAGCGCGCUAAGCGGGAGACUAUCGAAGUUUGUGCAGCUCUCGGGAGAAGAGCUGAAUAAGGUCAAUCGGUUCAAGGCGCCACGGGACAAGAUGAUCUGCAUCUUAAACUCCUGUAAAGUGAUUUUUGGGAUGUUGAGACAUCACAGGCUGGCCGACAAGGGUGCCGACAGCUUCAUCCCGCUACUGAUCUUCACGAUACUUCGCGGAGACAUCGAGGCUCUUGCGUCGAAUGUCAGCUACAUCGACAGAUUCAGGUUCGACGAUUUCAUCCGAGGCGAAGCGUCAUACUAUCUGAACAGCCUCCAGGCAGCGAUGAACUACAUCAUGACGCUCGAGGUGGGGUCCUUGCAGUGUGCUGGAGACGAAUCUUUCAAGACGCGAUACGAUCAGAACCGAGAACUAUUGCGUAAAGAGCGAGCCAGGGAAGUCUCAGACAAGCCGGGGCCUCCGCCUACGCCUAAAGCCACCACCGUCCACAGCCCGGCUCCCAGUGAGUAUAUUCUCAGCCCGCUGGACGAAGUCACCAACGUCGUGGUAACCAAAUUCACCGAGUUAUUCGGCAACAAACCCGAGUUGGCCAAACCGGAAACCUCUGCGCAGCCCCAUCCUACAUCAGCUGGCGACAGUCUCGACGUUGAUGUGCUGGCGAAGCGAAUACAGGAGAGAGAGCAAAGGGAGACCCUCGAAACCCUGCAAUCCAUGUUCCCCGAGAUGGACAAGGAAAUCAUCGAAGAUGUGUGCAUUGCCAAGAAAUACAGGAUAGGCGCCACGGUAGACGUAUUGCUCUCUCUGUGA